AUGAGCUUGAGCUUGGUAACCAAGUGCCACCUGCAGGAGCUGCAGAUGUACCGCCUGCUGCAGUGUGUGCGUGCACAAGACAUGGUGCAGGUCAAGAAGCUGGUGCACUUGGGCGUUCAUGACCUUGUCAACAUGACAGAGCCGCACGAUGGCAAAGGUGUCUUGCACGUGGCCACGAUGGCCAACGACACCAACAUGAUCGAAUUUCUGACACUCCAUGGCGCCGGUCCAGAUGUCCAGGACAAGCAAGGACGCACACCGGUGAUGCUGGCAGCCGAGCUCGGACAUGAUGGCAUGGUUACUCUGCUAGCUGAGAAGCAUGCAGAUAUGAAGCUGACAGACACAGAAGGCAAAGGCGUGCUAUUCUACUGCCUCUAUCCCACCAGAAGACACGCACGCUGCCUCCAGGUGGCGCUGAACUACAGGGCGGAUGUAAACAAUGUGUCACAUGCAGGCAUCCCACUGUUCCUGCAAGCUUGUGAGAAUGCUGGGGAAUGUGAGGGCAUGUGUCUCAGCCUUUUAGGGAAGGGGGCUGACCCCAACGCUUUCAAUCGGGUGACGGGUCGCACUGCUCUAAUGGAGGCAGUGAGAGCAGGAGCAGUGGGGCUGGUGAGAGCCAUCCUUAAAAGAGGGGCAAAUGUCAACAUACUGGACAACAAGAGGUUCAACGCAGUUCACUUCGCUGCUCAAGGAGGCUACUAUGAAAUUCUUCAGGUGUUGUCUGCAUAUGUGGCUGAUAUGGGAGUGAUGACAGCAGAAGGAAACACGGCCCUGCACUAUGCUGCCCGAGGAGGUUUUGCUGACUGCUGCAGAUUUUUGGCCCAGAGAGGAUGCAAUCCUAAACAGAAGAACAUGGAAGGCCUGAUUCCCCGUCAAAUUGCGAAGGACUUAGAUCACAAGACCUCCGUGAAAGAGCUUAAAAGGGCUGAACGUUUGAAUGGGAAGUUUUCAAAGAGCUACACCAAUGGCACAUGGGCAUUGAGACUUUAUGAUUGGUCUCAUGUGAAUGAAGCUGAACUGAGAAAGGCCUUUGAAGUCACUUCACAUGGAAUUACAAACUUAGAGGUGGUAUCUUCUAAGAAGUUUGUCUCUGUUCUCCAAGACUUCCAGGCCCCGAUAGAUGUUGAAGAUGUCGAAAAAAUACUGCUUGCUUAUGAUAAGCAUAGGCAAGGCUUAAUUAACAUUAAUGACUUUUUCAAAGGUUUCAGAUAUCUGCCCAGGACUCUCAUUAAGACCUCAUAUGAACUAAAAAAAACAAAGAAAAGGGUGAGGAACUCAGGGAAUGGCAAGAAGAAAAGCAGGUUGAACCUUCCAGUGCCAAUUUGCACCAUCCCACCAGAAAAUGUUUUUCGUCGAGACGAUGGGGGGCCGCCAUGUUUUAUGAUUGAGAAGUACCAACUUGUUACAGACACAAACCGAUUUGAUCAGGACCAUCCACCAAGGCAUCCCAUAGAGGAUGACUCAAUCUGGUAUAUAACUGAACCAGAAAAGACAUUUCUAAACAUAAACUACUGCAUUAAGGCUGGAGACAUUGAUUCCCUGAAGAUGGCCUUUAGUCAAAAGGUUCCAGUGGAUGUCAAGGACUGUUUUUACAAGACACCACUCAUGACCGCUUGUGCAAGUGGGAAUUAUGAAAUGGCCAAGAUUUUACUUCAACUUGGGGCUGAUGUGAAUGCGUGUGAUCAGUUCUGCUGGACUCCAUUACACCACGCCUGCCACGCUGGACAACUUGACAUCAUUAAACUGUUAGUGGAGGCAGGGGCAGCAGUCAACACACCCACCUUGAGUGGAGCCACGCCCAUAAUGAGGGCCGUUGAGAGUUCCAGGCCCUGCUGUGUGGACUACCUUAUUAAAGUUGGGGCAACAGUUACAGCAAAAAACAAGUCAGAGCAAAGCUGUUUGGAUAUUGCCCGUGCGUAUGCAGACCUUAGGAUUGUAGACCUGAUCCAGGCCAAGACUGAUAAUCUUUGUAAGCUAAAGGAUCACAAGAACCAUAAAACUGUCAAACCUCAGGCCAAACCAAGACCAGCCACCAGCACGUCCAUUAUGGAGAAGCAGGGGUCUGAUCCUACACCGCAGGCCUCAGAGUACUUCGCAACCUCAACAGGGAAAACAGAAGCGCUGGCCAACAGUGUGAUCCUUCAUAGUACUCGGAUCGCCAGUGGAGCACUGGAAAAAGUGGACAUCAGCUUUUUGCCAAAAACAAUGUGGGACAAACAGCUUCCUCGGAGCCAGCUGAUGGAGAAGCAGAAAAAGAGACAACGAUUUACUUAUGAAGUGUCUUUUGAUGAGUUCAAGCAGCCUUUCAGCAAAAAUGCUGACCAGACAGCACAGGAGCUUUCACAGACGUUUGAGGGGAAUUGAUGAGAGAUUAACCUGCAUAGGUUUAGUAAACCCAUAGUCCGGGUUCGAACCCCGGCUAGGCUCGAUUCCCAUCUCUGUGUGCAUGGAGUUCGCAUGUUCUCCCCGUGCUUGGUGGGUUUCCUCCGGGUACUCCAGUUUCCUCCCACAGUCCAAAGAUAUGCAGGUUAGGCUAAUUCACAAACUGCCUGUAGUGUGUAAAUG